AGGGCUUGGCUGUCCCAGCCACGUAAGCGGCCGCUGCUCAGUUCCAUCAGGAAAGCAAGCUUUUCUGGCUCCGCUAACGGAACUGUCCAGAGAUCAUCGUGUUGGUAAUGACAUGGGCGAUUGUAUUCACUGUCGUGAGCAUUGCCAUACUUGGCCUCGGAUUUGGCCCAGCCGGAGUGGGCGCCGGUGGGUGGCUACGUCGAUCCGUGCUGUUGACGUUUUUGGCCAUCUCCAAGAUAGCUAACUUCGUGGCGCAAGGAACUAUCGCUGCCAUUUUCCAGUCUUCUAUGUACGGAGCUUUCACCCCUGCGGGAGGCCUAUUCGCGACUCUAACAAGCAUGGCCAUGUUGGGAACAUUGAUGCCAUGGGCUGCUGUCGUUUCUGGGGUUCUCGCAACAUUGGCUGCAGGUUUAGUGUGGGGAUAUGGUGUAGGAGGUGGUUAGUGCGCACACGAAGUGGAUUCCCUGUCUGGCGGAACCAAAUGAGGCUGCGAUAGAGAUGUACGAUUGUGCAGUGGUCUAUGUUCAAAAAGCACGUUUUACCAAUUCAGGCCAGGCAUUUCCAAGCCUGUAGAAACCCCCCGUGAACUGACCUGGGCCCGUUUCAUUUAAUCCGCAUCUGGGUUCAUCCACUAAGCAGUACUGAGGAGGCAAGAUCCAGAAGUUGCUACCACGUGGUCGUGAACCGUUCUGACGAUUAAGGCCAAGCCCCCUGGGCUACAC